AUGCAGCACAACAAUGUUGCUGUGCCUUCUGUUCCUCCAAGGACCCUAUUCAAAGAUUUGCGUUUCUCCGAGGAGGAAUAUGGGCGUUUAUCUGCCGCACGUCGCUCCGGAACAUUCCUCAGCAGCCCGUCCACGGUCGACGAGGACUCCCCGAAGGUGCGCGUCACUGGCACCUCCGACGAUGUCAAGGCUUUGCUCAACAUCGCAAGCGGGCAUGCACAGCGCUGCUGGAUCGAGGUACCCUUCAGCACCAUGGAUUCGUUGCUGUGGGUGAUGGAGCGAGUCGAGAAAGUCAUUCGCGUGCCGAUGAAGUACUGGACUCUCGCGGGCGACGGCGUGAUGUACAACCCGGGCCAUCUGGUGGCGAGUCUCGACCAUUUCAGACAGCCCGGUACUAUAGAGGUCGUGUUGCUGCCAGUUUGGGAGAUCGGGAGGUACGCGGAAGAGAACUUGAAGUCCCACACCUGGAAGCACGCUCCCGUUACACCCCCUGCCGCGCUCCCGAAGGAUCCCCGCGAGCAGGCCAUGGCGCUUUUUGGGCUUAUCGACCCGGUCGAGUCGCCUGACUGGGCGGCAUACAUCAAGCAUCGCCAGGAGGCCGAGAAGGUCACGAACGACCUCAUGGAAGGUAUGGCGGGCGCAGACAUGGAUCCGUUCGUCUCCCAGCUACGCGAGGUCGUGCAGGACGUUGCCGAGGCGGUGAAUCCGCUGAUGGACGACGACUGGAAGAAGAUCGCCGAUUCGGUGUCUGUCAUCCGGUGUGUUCCGGAGGACGACGGCUGGGGGCGCCUACGCGAUGUCGAAGUCCUCUCUCGCAUCCACUCGCUCGCUUCGCCGCAGUCCGUGGACGUUUAG